AUGGAAGAGUUCAUCGUGAUCUCGGACGACAGCGGUUCUGAGAGCUCCGGGGAACCCCGCUCGGGCCGGGCACGGAGGAUCCGCCGGUCAGUGUCCCGGACCCCCAGCACGCUGCCCCGCCGGACUGUGGUGAGUGAACGAGCUGCAGCUCGCCCAGUACCCGCGACCGAGGGGAGGGCCCACCGAGGAGGGCGGCGGGGCCAGGCCGGGGCCGGCCUCCGGGACUCAGCGCUCCACCCCGAGAGCAGGGACGGCCAGGGCCCGCAGCUGCGGACGCCCCGUUCUGGAGGCCCCAGCCAGGCCCCAGCCCAGGAGGCCGGGAAGCGGAGUGUGUGGUGUGGUGGCUCCAGAUGUGUGCAGGGAGGUAACCGGAGCUGGGUUCAGGAUGGAGGGAAGGCGGCCGGGGGCCAGAUGGUGGCGGUGUUCCAGGCCUCGCUGCCCAGCUUGGAGUUGUGCGGGAAGGACUUCAUCGACUUAACUGAAGAAGACAGACCAAGGGCAAAAGAUCGUAAUGAACUCUGUGUUAUCGACCUAACAAGAACCGAGGAAGAAAACAGGCCAAUUGCCACUCUUGACUUGACUCUAGAACCUGUUGCUCCUUCCCAGAAGGAAUCAACUAGUCUUCAGACAUGUGCCAACCCCUCCAGCAAAGAGGCAUUAGAAGGGCGAGUAGACAGAAGCUCUUGGCCUGUGGCACGGAGAAUCGUUAACAAUGAUCCUGUGGAUUUGGACCUGUUGGAAGAGACCAGAUUUGAAGGUUCCCAGCUCCCCACAUCCAUCAAUCAGGACUCUAUUUAUCCAGCAGAGCCAAACUGUAGUUCAACAGCAUUCAAAGGUGAUCUCAGCUUCUUGGCAAACCUACAGCUGACUUCAGAUGUUCACUCUCUCUCCCCAACAAGCAAUAAUAGUAACAGCAAUCAAAGGGCACCCUUGCCAUGCCCACAGCAAGAUGUGCCUUGUCCACCACAAGCCUUGCCAUGCCCACUGCGAGCCUCACCAUGUCCUCCACGAGCCUCCUCCUGCCCACCACGAGCCUUGUCAUGCCCUCCGCAAACCAUGCAGUGCCGACCACAAGCCUUGCCUCGCCUGCCUCAAGAAGUGCCAUGCCCUCCUGAAGAAGUGCCCUGCCCUCCUCAAGAUUCUUUGGGCCUACCUCAUGAUGUUCCAGGCACAUCUCAAAAUAUAUAUCCACAGAAUGUGGCAUGCCUGCGAGAUGUGCCACAGCCACCUGGGGAUAUGCUACAUUCACCUGGAGAUGUUCCACAGUCUCCUGGAGAUAUGCCAAUGUCACCACAUGAUGUGCCACAGUCACCUGGAGAUAUGCCCAUGUCACCAGAAGAUGUGCCACAAUCACCAGGAAGUAUGCCACACCCACCAAUAGUUGAACCACAUUUACCAGGAGAUGUGCUCUGUCCCUCUGGAGAUGUAGCACGCCCACUUGGAAGCCUGCCUAACUUACCACAAGACAAGCCUGACUUGCCUCAGAAUGAUCUACAGAACAGUGAUGCUCCUAUGGUUGUCUCUACCCCAUCCUCUCGGAGCUGCUCUCCCAGUCCACAGCCUCUGCAGCCUCCACAGCCUGAAACUCCCUUAGAGAGAGUUUCUUGGCUCUCUGUCCUGGAUACCCAAGCCAGAAAAUCGAUAUCACUGUCAGAGCCUACCAAAUUUGGGUCUGUCCAGGUCCAAUCACAAAUCCCACAAGGCAGGCUGACCACCAGACCAUGCCUGCAUAGACUGAAGUACUUCUUACGUCCUCCGAUACAUCACCUCUUCUUCCAGACACUGAUACCAGAUAAAGAUACAAGAGAGAACAAAGGUCGAAAAGUAGAGCCCAUCUCACAUCGAAGACUAAGAAUGGUGACAAAUACAAUUGAAGAAAAUUUUCCCCUGGGGACCGUGCAGUUUUUGAUGGACUUUGUGUCACCUCAGCAUUACCCACCCAAAGAAAUUGUGGCUCACAUCAUUCAGAAAAUCUUGCUGAACGACACUGAGACCGUGGAUGUCCUGAAGGAGGCCUACAUGCUCCUCAUGAAAAUUCAACAGCUACAUCCAGCCAGUGCCAAGACAGUGGAGUGGGACUGGAAGCUGCUCUCCUAUGUCAUGGAAGAAGAGGGACAAAAUCUGCCAGGGCGAGUCCUGUUUCUGCGAUAUGUAGUGCAGACCCUGGAAGAUGACUUCCAGCAGAUUCUGAGGAGGCAACGCCAGCACCUGCAGCAAUCCAUUGCAAGUAGUGUGCUGUCCUGUGACAAGCAGCCCCGCAAUGUCAGAGAUGUGAUCAAGUGGCUGGUCAAAGUAAUAACUGAAGAUGGAUUGACUGAGUCCCCAAAUGGAAAUCAAAUCACUUCAGAAACAGGAAUCUUGAAGGCCAGCAGUAGCCACCUUUUUCCCCAGCCCAACUUGGCAAACACUAGUCAACUGAUUGCCUGCCAGCUACAGAGAAUGCUGUCUAUAGCCGUGGAGGUGGACAGGACCCCUACCUGCAGCUCCAAUAAAAUUGCUGAGAUGAUGUUUGGAUUUGUGCUGGACAUUCCUGAGAGGAGUCAGAGGGAGAUGUUCUUUACUACCAUGGAAAGCCACCUUCUGCGCUGCAAAGUGCUAGAAAUCAUCUUCCUCCACAGCUGUGAGACGCCCACGCGCCUGCCCUUGUCUCUGGCCCAGGCCCUCUACUUUCUGAACAAUUCCACCUCACUGCUCAAAUGUCAGUCAGAUAAAGCCCAGUGGCAGAUUUGGGAUGAGCUGGUUGAUCAUCUACAGUUUCUGUUGUCCAGCUACCAGCACGUUUUAAGAGAGCACUUACGGAGUUCCGUGAUUGAUCGAAAAGACUUAAUAAUCAAAAGAAUUAAGCCCAAGCCCCAGCAAGGUGAUGACAUCACAGUAGUGGACGUGGAGAAACAUAUUGAGGCCUUUCGCUGUCGCCUGAUCCAGAUGCUGGGGGAGCCCCUUGUCCCGCAGCUCCAAGACAAAGUGCACUUGUUGAAGCUCCUGCUCUUCUACGCCGCAGACUUGAACUCUGAUGACACUGCAAAGACCACGAGUGGCCCCUGA